AUGCCUCGCGCCUUUGCUGGACGCAAUAAUAUGACAAGAAACAAGAAGAGGGGAAGUAUGAUAUCUUAUGUAGCCUCUUUUCGCACACAGAAGAAUGGAGAGUUCCUUCUCGAGGCUGGCACCCUCCCUAUGAAAUCAUACGAUGCAGUCAGUCUGUGCAACUACCGGGUUUCGAGUGUGCUACGUAGUAUGAGUUCAAUCCCCAUGUAUGGAUCCAUGAUUCACAGGACCCUUCAGUCCCCGUCCUACCUAUACAUCCCAAGCCACCCUACAAUACACACCCUAGCCGUCACUUACAGACAGUUCACUUGGUGCUCCAUUCACAAGGCCUACAAGAGGCUCAGCUGCACUGCGGAGAAUGGUUCUACAUGCGUUAGACUACCUAUCCAGUGCUUCCCAAGACCGGACUUAAUUCUCAUGGAUGUAUGCCUCCCUAUCUCUAUUGAACAGUAA